GGCCAAAUGUUACUGCUGCCCUGGGCAGUUUAGUAGGAUCCAGCCAAUCUGACCCAGCUGGGUGCUGACCCUGACACAGCACUGCUGACAUCUGGACUCAGCUGUCCUGCUGGCCAGGUGCUGCUGAACUCUGCAUGUGUGGAGUGUUCCAUUGGAACCUACUACAGUACCGGGGUGUGUCUGUCAUGUCCAAAAGGCACCUAUAAUGAUGCUGAAGGACAGCUAGCCUGUAAGGACUGUCCCACAGGAAAGACAACUGCCACUACAGGAGCCACAACAUCUACUCAGUGUAUUACAACAUGCCAGGCAGGUUCCUACUGGAAUGGCAGCAGCUGUGUCGCCUGUGAGAGGGGAACGUACCAGGAUGACAUGGGGCAGCUGUCCUGCAAGUCUUGUCUGGCUUUCAACCAGGGCACUACUGCCACUGCAGGGGCGACAUCUUCAGCAGCCUGUCUGGCCUGUCCCACUGGAGAGGAGCUGAAGCCUGACGGCUCAUGCCAGCCCUGCCCCAAAAACUCCUACCGGGAGAACCAGAACCUGGCAGCAUGCACCCCGUGUGCAUCAGGCUUCCUCACUGUCAGCUCAGGGAGUUCUAAGGCAUCAGAUUGUUAUCAAGACAUCAAUGAGUGCACAUCAGGGGGAGUGGACCCGUGUCUGACCUACAAUGGAGUCUGUCAGGACCUGCCUCAGGGCUACAGGUGUACAUGUAACCCUGGGUUUGUCAACGAUGGAGACACCAGGUGUAAAGAUGCCUGUGAUGGAUUCUGCCAGCGUGGCACCUGCAGCAAGUCCAGCACCCAGCAGCCAGUCUGCACCUGUCCAAGGGGCUUUCAUGGCAACACCUGUGAUAAGCGUCGUGAGCUGACUUCUGGAGAGAUAGUUGGGAUUGUGCUGGGUGCCAUAGCUGGUCUUGUGCUGCUGAUUGUGCUUCUGUACUGCUGUAUAAAAUGGUUGCACACAAAAGGCAAAGAAGCUCGUAAGAAGCCUUAUGGCAUGGAAUCUAACUCUGAUCUAAUGUACGGAAAGCAAAUGCAGGUGGAAGAUUAUGUGAGAAAAACUGGAUCCGUCAGGACCUCGUAUGCCCCGCCGCCUGGCAUGCUCGGAUACAGCAACGGGUCCAUGCGAGGCAGCCGGUUGUCCCUGGCCAGCACCGGUACCUUCGGGGUGUACAACCCCUCCAUGCAGCCGGACUCACACAGCACCCUGAGGGGAGGGGCGCCCCAGGAGCCGGGGGUCUACAAUCCCAUGAUGAAAAGGGCAGGCUCGCUGUCGUCACUCCGGGCCGGCUCCGUCGCAUCGCUACCCCGAGAGGCUUACGGGUACAGCGCCAACCCCAUGGCACCUGCCAACUAUGCAAAGAGCCUGCCGUAUGAUAGGAGAUCCAUGACUGGGUCCCUGCGAGCCUCCUCAGUGGCAGACUUCAGCCUUUGAGCCUCAGCAGUACCUGCAACAUCAGAGCUUCACACAACAGCCUCUAUAGCAGGCUCUCUGAGCCUUUUUUUCUCUCAUAAUUUUGCUGACCAUCUCUUUUUUGUAUGGGUCUGUGGCACAAACAACCCAGUACAAAAGAAAUAUCCAGCAAAAGUGUAUUAUGAGCAAAAAAAAGAAAGACGAAAAAAGGCCCAGAGAGUCUGCUUUGGAGGCUAACCACAACUGUAUACAGAGAUUGUCAUUUGCCAUAACCUGUUUUUCUAUUGGCCCUGUCACACAGUGCUUAGCGUUUAGUAGUUAUUUACAGGACAGUCAUUUACUGUUUACAUGUUGCAUUAGUUAGAGAUAAUGGCCUUUAGCCUGCUUUUGGUAAGGAGGUUAGUCUAUGCUUUUUGAAUUUAAAGGGGGGCAGAUAUACAUGUAUGUAUCUGGUACAUUUGGGUGUCACUGCUGAAAAGGCAGUGUCUGUACAGGCAAAUUUGUAGAAUUUACUGCUGCAUGCUAAAAUCUCAUCAAUUGGAAUCUAAUUUGUUGUAAUAAUUGGCAGAAGACAAUUUUGUACUUAAGAUUUGGCUUCAAACAUUUUACCAUUAGGCAAAAUCAAGGGCUGAAAUGCCAACAGGCAACAAAAAAAUACUACAUCAUGCAAAUUUCAAGAGUUGAUAGAUAUAAUAUUAUUAUAAUAUAAUAGUAAGUAUAAUAUAAAAACAGAUCCUUCUGUGGAAAUGCAGAAUCUGUACAAGCGUAGUUACACACACAGGUGCAAAAUUUAUAGGAUGAAUACUCUCAUUUGUUGCAUAUAAUUAUCUACAUGUAGGAAGUGCAACUCAGGUUGUCUAAGACUUGUGAAUACUCAACAUCUUAAGACGUUUAAAGUGCAUGCUUUAAGACAAUCAGACAUGUAUAUAUUGUUUUUAAAGUUAUCAUGAUUAUAUAUAGUCAAGACAUUUUUAUACCUUUUAAUGUGUUAGCACAUCUGUUUCUCUUCUUGCAAUUAGCAUGAGUUUGAAAAUCAAUUAUUAUUAUUAUAAAGGGUGACAUAAAGAUAUGUUGUACUUGUUUCAGUUCACAUCAAAUCAUGUACUAGAUUUAACUGUUGUAAGAUGUGAAAAACAUACAUUAAAGUUGGGACCUGACAAUAAGGCAAUAUUAUAGCUUUCUGACUAGUCACCACAAUCACAGAGAGCAGAUUGUUGUACAGUGAUGUACCAUUACACCAACUUACAUUUUACAAUUCUGGGGAAUAUCAUGUAUAUUUAUACUGCUGUGAUGAUGGUAAUGUUUGUUCACAUUUAUCCAUGGGGUAACCUAUAUUCUGUGAAAUAUUUGAUGAUGACUGGAGUAUUUCAAUAUUUGCAGUUUAAAACCACUAUCCAAUGACUUGAUAUUCCUAAAUACAUGUAUUCCUGUAACUGAGAACAACGGAUAUAGGUUUCCCCCAUGGAUAAAGGUGAACUAGUGUUACAUCACAACCGUCUAAUAGUAUAUAGCCUUCCAACCUUUUGUUGCAGUUGAUCACUCUCCAAACAAAAACUUUCAGUGUGCAAAAAUCUGUCUGACAUUGGUACUGAGUAAGGCUAGUUCACCUUUAUCCACAGGGUAACCUAUAUUCGUUGUGUUAAAACAGUGGAUAUUUAGGGAUAUCAAAUCGACAGACUGCAAACUGCAAUGUUUUGAAAAUAUUACUAUUAGAAACCACAUCGAGUCGACUUGACAUAGAUGACUUUUUUGAACAUCAAAGUUAUACAUGUAGGUUACCCCGCAGAUUAAGGUGAAAAAGUCGACAGUUACGUUAUAAGUGAGGACUAAGAACUAUGCAAAUAGGUCCUGUUCUUUUUCCUUUGAGAUAAUUACUUGUCCUUUUUUUAUGGCAUUGAACAUUCAUAUUUAGCCUGGAUGGGAUGAUAAUUUGUAAGAAUGAUGUAUAUAUAUAUGCGGAACAAUAAAAGACAUUUUGGUUGUAA